GCCUCCCAGCAGGCGGACUUGUCCGCUCCCAGGCCGGCCCCGCGCCUGGGACAGGGACCGGGCCGAGCGGAGCCGCCGCGCCUCCAGCCCGUGCGCCUAGCGGAUCUGAGCUGCGCGCGGAGCCGUCCUGCCCCGCCCCGCGCCACCCGCGAGGGUGGCCCGAGGCAGCCGGGAUGACAACUCUCCCCAGGAACCCUGGCACCUGAGAAACAUGAUCAGCAAGUCCCGCUGGAAGCUCCUGGCCAUGUUGGCUCUGUUCCUGGCUGUCAUGGUGUGGUACUCUAUCUCUCGAGAGGACAAGUACAUUGAACUCUUUUAUUUUCCCGUCCCAGGGAAGAAGGAGCCAUGCCUCCAGGGUGAGGCGGAGAAGAUGGUCUCCAAGCUCUUUGGCAACUACUCCCGGGAACAGCCUUUCUUCCUGCAGCUUAAAGAUUAUUUCUGGGUCAAGACCCCAUCUCUCUAUGAGCUGCCCUAUGGGACCAAGGGGAGUGAAGAUCUGCUCCUCCGGGUGCUAGCCAUCACCAGCUACUCCAUCCCAGAGAGCAUCCAGAGCCUGAAGUGCCGCCGCUGCGUGGUGGUGGGGAACGGGCAUCGGCUGCGCAACAGCUCGCUGGGGGAGGCCAUCAACAAGUACGACGUGGUCAUCAGGUUAAACAGCGCCCCUGUGGCUGGCUAUGAGCAGGACGUGGGCUCCAAGACCACCAUGCGUCUCUUCUACCCUGAAUCCGCCCACUUCAACCCCAAAGUGGAGGACAACCCUGACACACUCCUCGUCCUGGUGGCUUUCAAGGCCAUGGACUUCCACUGGAUCGAGAGCAUCCUGAGUGAUAAGAAGCGAGUGCGAAAGGGCUUCUGGAAACAGCCUCCUCUCAUCUGGGAUGUCAACCCCAAACAGAUUCGAAUUCUCAAUCCCUUCUACAUGGAGAUCGCAGCCGACAAACUGCUGAGCCUGCCGAUACACCAGCCACACAAGAUUAAGCAGAAGCCCACCACAGGGCUGCUGGCCAUCACCCUGGCCCUCCACCUCUGUGACCUGGUACACAUUGCUGGCUUCGGCUACCCAGACGCCCACCAGAAGAAGCAAUCCAUUCACUACUAUGAGUAUAUCACACUCAAGUCCAUGAUGUGGUCAGGCCACAAUGUCUCCCAGGAGGCCCUGGCCAUCAAGCGGAUGCUGGAGAUCGGAGCGGUCAAGAACCUCACUUACUUCUGACUCGGGCAAGGGCUGUUCCCAUCGGCUCACCCUGCUGAGCGGCCCCGGUCCGUGCCUCUGGGGGUGCCGGGUGCCAGCAUGGCCGGCUUGGACUCACCUUCUCCUGUGUGGGGAGGGGGCCAGGUCUAAGACGAGGCCGUGCCCCUGGCUGCUCUGGUGGAGGCCAGAUGGAGUCAGGGUGGAGGCCCUGGGAGGAGGGGCUGCGCCUGGGCACGGGGGCUUGCUUCUGUGGCAUCCCCUCUCUGCCAGUGCCGGGAGAUUAUUUAAGGGGCUAUUUAAUUAAGGGGUAGGAAUGUGCUGUGGGCUGGCCCCAUGGCAUCCAGAAGAGGGGGCAUAUGACAGUGUUCUGCUCACUUUUGUCACAGACAGAAGUGAUGCACCCACUACGGCCUAGGCCCAGAGCGGGCCUCCCAGGAGGGUGGGGCGUCUGAAGUGGGUGGUGCCCCACCCCCCCACAGAGGGGCUGCUCCCUCCCAGCAGGCUUGGGAAGAGCACUGGCGCAGGGGCUCCAUGGUGCAAGUGACCUAAAAUAGGUUACAAAUUAUUAAACUAUUUUUCCUAAAACAGAA